GUGCUCCCCAUCGCGCAAGCGCCGUUACCUCCCCCCCGCCGGCGUCUCCCUUCCCUUCCCCUCCCCGUAGUGGAAGCCGAGGCGGUGACGUCAGGAGCGGCGGCCAUUACACGGUGUGGUGCGAGGCAGCGGGCGGCAGAGCUGCAGCAGCGGGGAGGGGAGCGCCGCGCCGCCCGCCCCACACCGGCCCCGUCCGGCCCGUCCUGCCGCGUCGCGGCCGCCGCCGCUGGGAGCGCGGAUCGCAGGGAGGACCUCCAGGGUGGUGCGGCAGCAGCAGCCGGUGAGGAGGGGGAGAGCGGGAUGGAGGAGAAGGUCUUCACCAAGGAGCUCGACCAGUGGGUGGAGCAACUCAACGAGUGCAAGCAGCUUUCCGAGGGGCAGGUGAAGAGCCUCUGCGAGAAGGCUAAAGAAAUCCUGACGAAGGAGUCUAACGUACAGGAGGUGCGAUGUCCGGUCACAGUCUGCGGGGAUGUCCACGGCCAGUUUCACGACCUCAUGGAACUCUUCAGAAUUGGAGGCAAAUCACCAGACACAAACUAUUUGUUUAUGGGGGACUAUGUUGACAGAGGCUAUUAUUCAGUCGAAACAGUCACAUUGCUUGUAGCUCUUAAGGUCCGAUACCGUGAACGCAUCACAAUUCUCCGCGGGAACCAUGAAAGCAGGCAAAUCACACAAGUAUAUGGUUUCUAUGAUGAAUGUUUAAGAAAAUACGGAAAUGCAAAUGUUUGGAAAUACUUCACAGACCUUUUUGAUUACCUGCCUCUAACUGCCUUGGUGGAUGGCCAGAUUUUCUGUCUACACGGUGGCCUCUCUCCAUCGAUAGAUACACUGGAUCACAUCAGAGCACUUGAUCGCUUGCAGGAAGUUCCCCAUGAGGGUCCAAUGUGUGACUUGCUAUGGUCAGACCCAGAUGAUCGUGGUGGCUGGGGCAUUUCUCCUCGAGGUGCAGGUUAUACAUUUGGACAGGAUAUUUCAGAAACCUUUAACCAUGCUAAUGGCCUUACGUUGGUUUCGAGAGCUCAUCAGUUGGUAAUGGAGGGAUACAACUGGUGCCAUGACCGAAAUGUAGUAACGAUUUUCAGCGCCCCAAAUUACUGUUACCGCUGUGGCAACCAGGCUGCAAUCAUGGAACUUGAUGAUACUCUAAAAUACUCCUUCUUGCAGUUCGAUCCGGCGCCGCGCAGAGGUGAACCGCAUGUGACUCGUCGCACCCCAGACUACUUCCUGUAAAGAGAUUUUAGCCCUGUACAGUAUUGCCAUGAACCGUAUGUUGACCUAAAGAAAACGGGAAGAGCAACAGUAACUCCAAAGUGUCAGAAAAUAUUUAACAUUCAAACUUGUUUUCACAUGGACCAAAAGACGUGCCAUAUUCAAAUACAAAGCCUCUUGUCGUCAACAACUGUGACCACUUUAGAAUGAACCAGUUCAUUGCAUGCUGAAGCAACAUUGUUGGUCAAGAACCCAGUUUCUGGCAUAGCGCUAUUUGUAGUUACUUUUGCUUUCUCUGAGAGACUGCAGAUAAUAAGAUGUAGACAUUAACACCUCGUGAAUACAUUUAACUUUCCAUUUAGCUCUAGCUUUAUUCAGCAUGACUGUAGAUAAGGGUAGCAGCAAACAAUCAUUGAAGCUUAAAGAACAUUUUUAAAGUAAGUACCAAGGCCUCAUAUUUGUUCUGAAACUGUUGGUUUUAUUUUCAGGGAAUACUGUUUAAUUUAAUUGUAUUUGAUUUCCUUUUUUUUUUGUCUGCACUCAGUUCCCUUUUCCACUCUUGGCCCUUCCAUAUUGUCCCUUGUAAUUGUCCGAGGAUAGUGAAUUACUUUGAACAGAACUGGUUUUUUCUGUAAAACAAUGUGACUGCAGGACAGAGCUGCAGCGUUUUUCAUAAUAAACUUGUGAACUAAGUAUGGAAA